AUGGAGAGGAAGCAGUUGGGCAUGAAUGACAUCCUCCCUCGGGAGCUCAUUUGCCGAAUCUUUCUAAGGGUACCCGCCAAAGACCUGUUUUGCCUCAGAUUCGUUUCAAAACUUUGGCACUCUUUCAUUUCCGAUCCAGACUUUGCAGAAUCGCAUUACAACCUUCACUCCGCAUCUUCUCGUUCGUACUUAUUGGUAAAAGACUAUAGUAGUGCUUACUGUGUUCACUUAGACACGCUAUUUGAUGUUGCAGCACCAGCACCACCACCAACACUCAAAGAGGUAUCUCUCCCUUCUAGGAAGGAGCCAUAUCCUCAUUUUCGUCUCUUGGGAUCCUGCCGAGGCUUUGUUCUCUUAAAGGAAAAACCAGAUUUUCUUGUUAUAUGUAACCCAGCGACUGGAUCCAGCAAAACAAUAUCUUACUCUCAUAUUAAGGUCCGGCGCGAUGAUUCAAUUCGAUAUGGAUUUGGUUUCGAUGCAUCACGUGAUGACUAUUUAAUAGUUCUAUCUUGGCAUAAAUACCCCCACGGCUUAGUUUGCUUUUCGUUGAGAACCAAUUCAUGGAUUAAUCUCGAUGAAGAACUCCCCAAAACCAGGGUUAGGUGGAAGCAGAAACUUUCUACGUUGUUCUUACAUGGCGCUAUUCAUUGGUUGUGUUACUCUAAUAGAGAUCACAUUGAUGAUGAUAUUCUUAUCCUUGAUUUGAAGGAAAGGAGUUUCUCGACGAUAUCUAUGCCAACACAACUCGUAGGGUGUUACCCCAUCUAUCUCAUCACACUAGGAGGGUACCUAGGCCUAGCCUUGUAUUCGCAUGACAAGCAGAAAACUGAGAUAUGGGUUAUGAAAGAAUAUAAAGUGCCGUCAUCUUGGAUUCUAAUGUAUGAGAUUCCUUGUGGUAACAAUUUGCCUCUAUGCAUGUCCAAUGGAAAUGACAUUAUUGCGUUAAAUUUUACUCCGCUGGAUUACAAAUUAAGAUUUGUCAAAUAUAACGGAGUCUCUUUCCAUUCCCCUGUGACAUUAAGGAUAGGGAUAAGAAGAAGAAAACUGGCCAAGAAUGUUUUGAACAACAUGAUGUUGCCAAAGAUUAGAAUGACAAUGGGGUCAAAUAAAGGAAGAGAAUAUGGAGCAAACAUAUUAGUGAACAACGAACAUACAGCCGAACAACUUAAGAGUUUGGAACACUCAGAGCGCCGAUUCGGCGCGGAUGCAGUGGCACUGGCUGAGGAAAUCUGGAAGGCGAGCGAGCGGGAGUCUCUGGAAGCUUCGAUUGAAGCUGCGUUCGAAGCUAUCAGAUCUUGUGGAACUGAUUCUCAUGUCGUUCCAAGUCAUUCGGUGAUAAUUUCUUCCUAA